GUUGCUGUUUUUGAUAAUGUGUUCAGUUUAAAAAUGUGUUGUGGUAUCAUGUUUAUCUUAGUGUUGUCUUUGCUUUUUUCUCUAUGAUAGUGUUGCAUUAAGUGUGUUGACAGUUGUCCUGUUGCUCUCUGAUUAUGUUGCUAUAGUUGGUGUGUUAUAAGAAUAGGUUUUCCCCUUUUUUCUGGCAACAAAACAGGUGUUAAGUUGUUAAAACACCAAACUGAAACCUUUUACAAGGAAUAAUGUCUGUUUUAACCACAUACUUGUGGUGAAAAUACCAACGAAAAAACAUGCUCUGACAGUAUAUGCAAUUGUCUUUUAAACUGAAUGGUCGACACCAGAGACAGCUUUCUAUCAGAGUAUGUUUUUUGUUUGCAUUCUGACCACAAGUAUUGUGGUUAAUGCAGACAUUAUUCCUUGUAAAAGGUUUCAGUUUGGUGUUGUAACAUCUUAACACCUUUGGAACCUCCUUUGCCAGUAGCAAAAUAUGAUAAUUGUUUUUUUACCCUUUUAUCUGGCAACAAAACUGACACCUUUUUUAUAAGUAGUCAUGUUUGCAUUGACCACAAUACCUGUGGUCGGAAUGCAAACAAAAAACACAACUCUGAUAAUGUAUGCACUGUCCUUGAAAUUGAUUGGUCCACACCCCAGACAGCUUUUCUUAGAGCCUAGUCUCACAAGGUGUUGGACCAGAUGACGCCAAAAGGCGCACAACUCAAAGACAAUGCACCAUCAGAGGAUGAGUGCUCGGGGUAAGCAUUUACACCAUUGGAACCUCCUUUGCCAGUAGCAAAAUAUGAUAAUUGUUUUUUUACCCUUUUAUCUGGCAACAAAACUGACACCUUUUUUACAAGGAGUCAUGUUUGCAUUGACCACAAUACCUGUGGUCGGAAUGCAAACAAAAAACACAACUCUGAUAAUGUAUGCACUGUCCUUGAAAUGGAUUGGUCCACACCCCAGACAGCUUUUCUUAGAGCCUAGUCUCACAAGGUGUUGGACCAGAUGACGCCAAAAGGCGCACAACUCAAAGACAAUGCACCAUCAGAGUAUGAGAGCUCGGGGUAAGCAUUUACACCAUUGGAACCUCCUUUGCCAGUAGCAAAAUAUGAUAAUUGUUUUUUUACCCUUUUAACUGGCAACAAAACUGACACCUUUGUUAUAAGGAGUCAUGUUUGCAUUGACCACAAUACCUGUGGUCGGAAUGCAAACAAAACACAACUCUGAUAAUGUAUGCACUGUCCUUAAAAUUGAUUGGUCCACACCCGAGACAGCUUUUCUUAGAGCCUAGUCUCACAAGGUGUUGGACCAGAUGACGCCAAAAGGCGCACAACUCAAAGACAAUGCACCAUCAGAGGAUGAGUGCUCGGGGGGCCACCAUGGCGGGCGAAGAUGUCCGAAGAGACUUUGUCCUCAUGACAGUGGCGAACUACUUUGGGCUGGCGGCACAGCACACGGGCGUGCAGCGUCUAUCCACCUCGCGGGCACUCGCCCGCUUUCUGGAUGACCCCGACAGCCUGGUGCUGGCAGCAAGAAGGAGCGGGGAUGAGAUGGCGCUCUCUGACACGGUGGAUAUGAAGCUGGACGCGGUGGAGUCCCAGCAGCAGCGACAAGUGCUCGUGUUCUUCAAGCUGCGUGCCGCUGCUCUGUCCGCAGACAACGUGCACUCAUGCGUGCUCGUGUCCUCGCUGGCCGACUCGCCUGUGCUCGCAUUGUACCACGCAGUGCGCUACGUGUACGCCCCCCUACUCACUAAGGAUGAUGGUGAUCCCAAGUUGCAGUCUCUCCUGAGUGAACUAGAGUCCGGUUUAGGCCGAGUCUUGAGGCAACAAUCUGACCCCACGGGCAGACGUGGACGCUCAAAGGCUCAGGUGGAAUCUGACCUCUCUGGUAUCCUUUCGCCGUGCGAUGAGUUUGAAUUUUGGGCGGAAUUGGCUGCACGGGGAGGAGAGGGCGCCCCCCGUGCUAGUUCCUUCCAUUUGAUGUUUGAGCCCCUCACCAAGGAUUUUGCGACCCUGCACUCGUUAACACUUGACGAGGUGGCAGAAGUGCUGGAGGUGACACGAGAGAUCCUUGAAGAUGUGUGGAGGCAGACGGAGCAUGAGCCGUACCCACAGCAGCGAAUGGAGAACCUCCUUCAUCUCAUCGGUGCCUCCCUCGCGCGGCACGUGUCUCACGCCCUGGCAGGGGUGCCCCCAUGGGUGGCACCGUUCUCUGAAGUUCGGGAGGCACUGUCUGCAGCGGCGUCACUCUGCCAGCGCUGGACAGACACAUGCGAGCAGCUCACGGGAGCCGCCUGGAGCCGGUUCACCCCCCAUGCUUGGCGUGGGGGCGCCGUGAACACUGAUGCAGUGCAGGGGUUGGCCUCCCGCCUCCGACAGGUGCUUAGCCUGCGCACUGCUCAUGAGCAACUGCUGGCACUGCUAUCAGGCUCUGAGAGAGAUACUGUUCAGCCGAGCAAGGCUUUCAAGCCAUUUGAAGGCCUCAACCCCUUGCACUACAACCCCUACACGCAGCCUCUGUGGCAGACCGCGGUGUUGCAAUACGAACGGGUGGUGGAGCCAGCAGAGUCUCGCGUGGCAGCAAAGCUUCGGAGUCGCCUCAUGCAGACCCAGGGAAACCCUGCACAGCUACUGCAGGAGUUUCACAGGUACCGUGAGCUGCUCUGCCGACCACACAUCAGCCAAGAGCUACUGUCUGAGCGGGAGACGCUGCUGGCACAACUCACAGAGUACAACAAGAGUGUAUGGGCGGACUUUAACAAGCGCAGUCACGGAGUGCCUGGUGAGUCCACAGGCCCCCCCGCUGGAAAGAACCUGUCGGAGGUUGUCAACAACAUUGUGUGGGUGCAGCAACUGGAGGCCAAGAUGCGAGAGACACUGGACACGGCGAUGGUGCUGCUGGGCUCGUUGUCCGGGUUUGCCGCGUUUCGCACGGACUCGCUGGCACUGCAGGAGGAGCUUUCGCUAUAUCGGCGCGAGCACUUCGAGGGGUGGAGCCGUGACACACUCGCCGCCAUCGCAGACCCGGAUGCUGGUGUUGGGCUGCGUGCCAGCGGGCGCGUGAUGCAGCUAGAGCCACGGGAUGGCUCGCUACGUGUGUGCUACUCAGACCACCUGGCCGCACUUAUUGCUGAGGUCCGUCAGCUAUCGGCGCUCGGCUACACCAUUCCGCCCAAGGUCCUACAGGCAGCUACUACUGCCCUCAAAUUUUACCGGCAUGCCAACACCCUCAAGCAGGUGGCCCAUUUUUACAACACAAUCGACCAGCAGAUGAUCCCGAGUCAGAGACCCAUGCUUCUGGAGGCAGCGCUGGCCUUUGAGAAAAUAAUAAAAAAGUCAGGUUCGCGUGCAGAAGGCGGGAGCACGGUGCAGGUGACGUGGGAUAGCCCCGAGCAGCUGGAGUCGUACAUCGCGGAGCUGCAGCGUGCGGCCGAGACGCUCACGGGACAGAACCGCAGGCUGCGGCGUACCCACCUGGACCUGUGCGACAAGGUGGUGGCACUAAUGGGUGUGGACCUGCUGAGGCAGCAGCAGAGGUGGAAGUCUGCGGUGCAGGAGAUUCGACAGAUCACUGAGAAUGUAGCCGUGCAGGGGGGUGUGCGUGUCGACAACAUGGCACCAUGGCUGCUGCACUGGGAUCAUCAGCUGUACAAGGCCCUGGAGCUGCAGUACCAGGCUGGCCUGGAGCGUCUUCAUCUGCACCUGCCCGACAUUCACACGGAGCUGACCUUCACUCAGGGACGCCUGCAGUUGCGCCCCCCCAUAGAGGAACUACGCUCACGCUACUAUCGUGAGGUCCGCCGCUUCUUGGGUGCUCCUGCAGCCUUUUUAGGCGUGCGUGGCAUCACUGGGCCGACGGCCAUCUUCCCGGCCAUGGUGGAGCGAAAUGAGAUGCGAUUCCUCGCUGUGUACAUGCGUGCCGAGGCCCUGUUCGCUCGCCUCGCUGACGCCUGCACCGCCUUUCAGGAGUGGGUGGUGUUGGGCCAGGUGGAUGUGGAAGCGCUCAUAGAGAAACACCUCCACACUGUCGCCGACUGGGAGAGGAACUUCCGCUCCCUGAAAACACGUGGCAAGGACGCUGAGAGGCUGCCCUCGCAGUUGAAGGUGGACUGCAUCGUUGUAAACUGUGGGCCAGUCAGAACAUCCAUCGACACUCAUAUCCAGCAGCUGUUUGAGGGUCUUCUGCACUCCCUGCGUGGCUCCAUACAGGCACAUGUGCAGGAGAUGGAGGCGUUCAUCUCAGAGGGGAGCCGGAGCCUGACCACACAGCCUCAGACGGUGGAGGAGAUUGGCGAUGCCCGCAGGCAGCAUGCUGACCUUGUGGCACGGACACCACAGCUGGAGCCUCUGUUUGUGGAGAUGGAGGCGAAGAACCGGUUGCUGCGCUCCGUGGGCGGUGCUGGUGUGGAGCGGUUGUCCGUGCUGCGCGGCGAGUGGGAUGGAUUCCAGCUACGGUUGCACAACCACGAGCUGGUGCUCAAGGAGCAGGUGGAUCGUAUGCGCGGCGCUGUGAUGGCGCGCGUGACAUCGAGUGCACGCGAUGUCGAGCGGUUUCACGCACGGUGGAUGCAGCUGCGCCCGAACGCUUCUGCCCUGGAGUCAAGUGAUCGUGGAGCCGGGCUCCGCUGCCUGGAGUCGCUGCGUGAGCAGCGUUCUGAGCUCCACGAACUGCUGGUGACGCGUGCCGUCCUCGUCUCCGACUGCCACCACUUUGAUGUGGAAGAGCCAAACUCAGAGCUGAUUGAUGAGGUGACAGCUGAUGUAGCUCAGUACGAGGCCAUGUGGGGCCAGUACGAGGAAUUUGUGACUGCCCUCUCUGACAUGGAGAAAGAGGAUUGGAUAUCCUUCAGGUCCCGUUGCCAUGUGUUUGAGGAGUUCCUCCUCACUUGGCACGAGCGUCUACGGAAGGCAGCCCCGACGCCAGUGAUGAUUCGUCUACAGAGCGACGUGGACCGCUACCGCCUGGUGGUGCCUGUGCUGAAGUUUGUACGUGGGGAGCACCUGUCCGCUGACCACUGGCUGGAGCUGUUCCGACUGUUGGCACUGCCUCGUGGCACCACCCUGGAGCGACUCACAUUCUCUCACAUCCUGAACUCCACUGAUGUCAUCCUGCAGCACGCCACUGAACUUAAGGAGCUGAACAGUCGCGCGCAGGGCGAGGUGUCGGUGCGUGAGGCACUACGUGAGCUCGAGCUAUGGGGCGCGAGCGCUGCAUUCUCUCUGGCGGAACACAGGGAAGUGGAGGGCGGUUCCGUGCCCAUCGUGUGCGAGUGGAGGGACUUGCUUGGGCAGCUUGCUGACCAACGCAGCCUCCUGCAGUCUCUCCGGGACUCCCCAUACUAUCGCGGCUUUGAGGACAAGGUUCAGGUGUGGGAGUCACGUCUGUCAGACCUCGAUGAGAGCCUCCACAGCCUGAACCUCAUCCAGCGCAAGUGGCUCUACCUGGAGCCCAUUUUUGGGCGCGGGGCCCUACCUCGCGAGCACGCACGCUUCUUACGCGUGCACAAUGAUUUCCGUGACAUAAUGAGGGAAGUGUCAAGAGACAUGCGCCUGCUGACGCUGGUUGCUCGCCCGGGUAUCAAGCGGACACUCUCGGCCAUGCUGGACCAGCUGCAGCGCUGUCAGAAGGCGCUCAAUGAUUUCCUGGAGGAAAAGCGAUCCACCUUUCCGAGGUUUUACUUCAUUGGUGACGAUGACCUGCUGGAGAUCCUGGGCCAAGCAACCAACCCCACCGUCAUUCAGGCACACCUCAAGAAGCUGUUUGCCGGCAUUCACAGCGUCGAGUUUGAUGAUGGCUGUCAUCACAUCAUGGCUAUGCGAUCUCUGGAGGGGGAGUUGGUGCCACUCAGACAGCAAGUGGAGGUCACGGCUGACGUCGAGGUGUGGCUGGGCACGUUGGCUGAGGAGAUGCGGCAGACACUGAAGCAGCUGCUGGUGCAGUGUCUGAAGAAUGGCAAGAGUGGGGACAUUGACCCCUCUCAGUACCCAUCUCAGGUUCUGUGCUUGGCUGAGCGAGUCCGAUUCACAGGGGAUGUGGAACGAGCGCUGCCGGCGUUGGGGCUGUCUCAGCUGGAGGUGGAGUUGCGUGAAAAGAUCCAGGCAUACACGCGUUUCACCGGUACACACACAGACCCGGUGCUGGCGCUGAAGCUGAAGGCGCUUGUGCUCGACGCAGUGCAUGCCCUAGAUGUGGCGCAGACCCUCAACACAGCUGGCGCCAGAGACAUCCACCACUGGGACUGGCAGAGACAGCUCCGCUUCUACAUCCGCUCUGACGGAACUUGCGUCACACGCAUGGUGGAUGCUGAAUUCCUGUACACCUAUGAGUACCAGGGUAAUGCCCAGCAGCUAGUACACACCCCACUCACAGACAAGUGCUACCUGACGCUGACACAGGGCAUGCGCAUGGGGCUCGGUGGAAAUCCCUAUGGCCCCGCCGGCACUGGCAAAACCGAAUCCGUCAAGGCACUGGGUGGCCUAUUCGGCCGCCAGGUCCUUGUCUUCAACUGCGAUGAGGGAAUCGAUGUGCGAGCCAUUGGACGGAUCUUCGUGGGGCUGGUCAAGUGUGGUGCUUGGGGCUGCUUUGAUGAGUUCAACCGUCUUGAGGAGACAGUGCUGUCUGCCGUUUCCACGCAGAUCCACACCAUCCAGGACGCGCUCAAAUGCCGUGCGCACAGCUGCACCCUGCUUGGCAGCCAGGUUGUCUUAGACCACAAUUCAGGUAUAUUCAUCACCCUGAACCCAGCCGGAAAGGGCUAUGGCGGCAGACAGAAGCUGCCGGACAACUUGAAGCAGCUAUUCCGGCCCGUGGCGAUGACGCGGCCGGACAACGAGCUCAUUGCAUCUGUCAUCCUGCACUCGGAGGGGUUCACAGAUGCUCAUGCACUCGGUGCCAAGCUCUGCGCCAUCUUUAGCCUCGCCAAGGAGCUGCUGAGCCCACAGCAGCAUUACGACUGGGGUCUGCGUGCUCUAAAGACAGUCCUCAGGGGCUGUGGCAGUCUCUUGCAAUCAUCGAGGCAGGAAGGAGCUGACAAGAAAAUAGAUGAGAGUGGGCUGGUGGUGCGUGCGCUGCGCGUGAACACGCUGUCCAAGCUGGCGUUCGCUGACGUGGCGCUGUUCGACGCCCUCGUGCGCGACGUGUUUCCCGGCACGGACCUGGGAGGCGUGGAACAUGGGGAGCUGCACAAUGCUCUGCUGGAGGCGUGCACGCAUGCGGGUCUUGCCGUCGUGGACGCGCAGGUGAGAAAGGCGCUGGAGUUGCAUGAGCAGCUGCGCCAGCGCACGGGCGUGGUGGUGGUGGGGCCAAGUGGAGCUGGAAAGUCGACUCUUUGGUCGCUUCUGCGGAUGGCGCUUGCUCGCCUGGGCCGAACCGUCGUCCAGCACACGCUCAACCCCAAGGCGCUGCCACGUGCCCAGCUGCUGGGACACCUUGAUAUGGACACGCGCGAGUGGACGGAUGGCGUCCUCACAGCCAGUGCCCGUGCUGUUGUGCGGCAGCCACAGGAUGUGCAAUCAUGGGUGGUGUGUGACGGCGACGUGGAUCCCGAGUGGAUUGAGUCCCUGAACUCUGUGCUUGAUGACAACCGCCUGCUCACGAUGCCCAGCGGCGAGCGCAUCCAGUUUGGUCCCAACGUCAACUUCAUCUUUGAGACACAUGACCUGAGCAGUGCCUCUCCCGCAACUGUCUCCCGUAUGGGCAUGAUCUUCCUCAGUGAUGAGGAUACAGAUGUGCGUGCGCUAGUUGGUUCCUGGCUGAGCCGGCAGGAUGAGGCAGUGCGUGAUGACCUGGGGGAAUUGAUCAAUGAGCACUUUUACCGUGCCCUCUCCUGGGUCACCAAGCAGAGUGAGCAGGUGGUGCCGUGCUCGCUAGUGGCAGUGGUGAUGAGUGGGCUGUCCCACCUGCACAGCUGUUCUCACCGAACCCACUUUGCCGUAGGACUCGUCCGUGGUCUAGGCGCAAACCUACCUCCCCGGACACGACUUGACUUUGCUAAAGAGGUGUUUGGCUGGGUUGGUGAGUCCCUCCCGGAUCCUCGUCGUCCCCUCGAUGUGUUCGUUUCAUCGCCGGCAUCUUCAGAGCCCCCACGGCUCUGCUGCUAUGACUCCGACACUGCUUCCGCUGUCGCCAACGCCACAGCUACUGCCACCGAUGCGGAGGAGGCAUGGGGGCCGCCGCCUGUCGUGCUGACGGCGCACGCGCGACGUGCCCUCGACACUUUCGGGCCCUGGCUCGACGAGCGUCACCCACAGCCGUUUCUGCUCGUUGGGCCCGAGGGCUGCGGCAAGAGCACACUGCUCCGGCAGGCAUUCUCGCGGCUGCGCUCGGUGCGUGUGGCCACGGUUCACUGCAGCGCGCAGACAGCGCCGCACCAUGUGCUACAGACAUUGGCGCAGGCCUGUGCCCUGGUCAGCAGCGGCUCUGGCCGGGCCCUUCGGCCGCGCGACUGUGAGCGCCUCGUACUGCACCUCAAGGAUGUCAACCUUCCACGGCCCGACAAGUGGGGCACUAGUCAGCUGUCGGCCUUCCUGCAGCAGGUGUUGACGUACCGUGGGUUCUAUGACGAGGCACUGGAGUGGGUGGGACUGGAGGGGGUGCAGGUGGUGGCAUCCAUGACGGCUGGGGGCUCUUCUGGGCGCCACCCACUCUCCCCGCGCCUCUCGUCCAUCCUGCGCAUAGCAUGCAUUGACUAUCCGGAGGCGGAGGAGCUGCAGGCUGUGUGCUGCGCAUAUCUGGGCUCAGUGCUGCACGCCGUCGCCCCCGCGCACCCGUUAUGGUUGGCCACGGCUUCCGUGAAGAAACUCGCGGGCUCCAUGCUCACCCUGUACCAGCAGGUUCGGGCCAAAUUCACUCCUGAUGACCACAACCAUUACCUCUUCACUCCCCGCAAUUUGACCCAGUGGACACUGGGUCUAUUGCGAUAUGACCCCUCCUCGGGGGAUCGCGCGAGCUCAUCUGCGGACGCUGUGCUGGAGGUCUGGGCGUACGAGUCAUGCCGUGAGUUCCGCGAUCGCCUGGUCGGCAGCCGUGCAAGGGACACUUUUGACGCUGCUCUGGCCUCUGUGCUGCACUCUGACUGGGGCUGCAACCCACUAGCUCAGCUUGCAGACGCAUACUAUGUGACUUGGGGCGCACACCACAUGUCCGUGAGUGCUCCAGGGCAGCCGCUGCCGCAGCACGGAAAACCGCUGGGACGGCUGUCAUCUACCGACCUGAAGAGCGUUAUCAAGAAGGGCCUCGUGCACUUUGCCCGUGAGUACCGCCCACUGCGGCUGCUGCUCUUCCCGGAGCUGCUGGCGGCGGUGGCACGAGCGGAGCGUGUAUUGUCACGCCCCGGGGGCUCCCUGUUGCUCGCCGGGCCCAGUGGCGUUGGGCGCCGCACGGCCGCCACCCUUGCCGCCUCCAUGCAUGGCCUUUCCCUCCUCUCGCCCCGUGUCUCCCGCACCUAUGGCUCCAAGCAAUUCCGUGGCGACGUAAAAGGGCUGAUGCAGCAGGCCGGCGUCGAGGGCCUGCAGGUGGGCUUGCUGCUAGAAGAUUUCCAGAUGCUGUCACCUGAGUUUCUUGAGAUCGUCAACAGCCUGCUUUCAUCAGGCGAGGUACCCGGGCUGUUCUCCCCAGAGGAGUUGGAGCCCCUGCUGGCACCGCUGAGGGAGUCGGCUUCGCAAGACGGAUUCACAGGGCCCAUCUACAACUACUUCACACGCCGAGUGCAGCAGAACCUCCACGUGGUCCUGAUCAUGGACUACACGCACCCUGACUUCACGCUCAAGUGCGACAGUAACCCUGCGCUCGUCAAGCGCUGCGCCGUGCUCUGGAUGGACGGCUGGUCCAAGCAGACCAUGCUUAAGAUCCCUGAGAUGAUGUUGAGUGAGGAAGAGGAAAUCGGAUCCGACGAGAAGGCCAAGGAGCGGCUAGGAAAGCUUCCAGGAGGUGCGGAGCUGACCCGUGCGUUCUUGCACGUGCACGAAUCCUGUGCGGCGCUUGGUGCCACACCGCGCCGAUACCUGGCCUUUGUGCAGCGCUACCAGCAUGUGCUGACUCACACCUCCACUGCACUCAUACAUCGCAAAGGGCACCUGCAGGCGGGUGUGUCAAAGCUGACAGAGGCUCGCACCCUGGUGGACGAGCUCAAGGGACGUGCGGCUGAACAGAGUACGCUUCUCGCAGAAAAACGAGCAGACGCUGACCAGGCACUCAGAGACAUCACAACCUCCAUGCAGAACGUGAGUGUGCAGAAGGCUGAGAUGGAGCGUCUGCAGGAGACAAUUUUGCAGGAGGCUGUUCUGAUUGAGCAGCGCAAGUGCGCGAUCGAUUUGGAACUCGCGGAAGUGCAGCCUCUGGUGGAUGAGGCCAAGCAGGCAGUUGGCAGCAUCAGACCGGAAUCACUUUCUGAAAUCCGCUCCCUGAGGAUGCCCCCUGACAUAAUUCGUGACAUUCUAGAGGGUGUGCUGAGGCUUAUGGGUACCUUUGACACAUCCUGGGUCAGCAUGAAGAGCUUCCUUGCGCGGCGUGGCGUGCGCGACGACAUUGUGACGUUUGAUUCACGCUCUAUCACACGCGAGAUCCGUGACAGCGUGGAAGAGUUGCUCAUGCGCAACGCGACCUCCUUCGAUCCCAAGAACGCUAAGCGAGCAAGUGCGGUCGCAGCACCCCUGGCCGCCUGGGUGCAGGCGAAUGUGAAAUACUCCCACGUCCUUGACAAGAUCCAGCCUCUGGAGAGUGAGCAGAGCGAGCUGGUGCGGCAUCUGCAGAAGACGGAGUCGAAGAAGAAGAAACUGGAAACAGAGCUCAACUCGGUCGAUCAGAGAGUGGCCGAACUCAAGGAAAAAUUUGGGUCGCGCACCUCCGAGGCAGCUGUGCUGGAACAUGAGCUCCUGCGCGCGCAGGAGACGAUCGCCGCCGCUGAGAGCCUCGUGGGACAGCUCGAGGGGGAGUUCAUGCGCUGGACCAAUCAGGUGUCUGAGAUCUCAUCCGAGUUGGACUCUCUGCCAACACGCUCUCUGCUCGCAGCUGCCUUCAUCACUUACCUCUCGUCUGCGCCCGAAGAUCAGCGGCGCGCGAGCAUGAGUAGCUGGGCUGCCCGCCUCGGCCUGCAGGACUUCAACCUCCUCCGUUUCCUGAGCACGGAGAGCCAGCAGCUGCAGUGGAAGAGCGAGGGGCUCCCCACCGAUGAACUCUGCAUGGAGAACGCACUUGUCACGCUGCAGAGUGGCAUUUGCCCAUUCCUGAUCGAUCCAUCAUCUCGGGCUAUCGAGUGGCUAAAAACUCAUCUGAAGGACACACGCCUGGAGGUCAUAAACCAGCAGGACGUGAACUUCAUGACAUCGCUUGAGCUCGCCGUUCGUUUUGGCAAAACCCUAAUCAUCCAAGAAGUGGAGAACAUUGAGCCGGUGCUCUACCCACUGCUGAGGGGAGACCUCAUCGCACAGGGCUCGAGGUUCGUGGUGCAGCUGGGCGAGCGUCAGGUUGAUCACUCGGACGAGUUCCGCCUGUUCUUGGCAACAAGGAGCCCCCGGCCGGAUGUCCCCCCAGAUGCAGCCUCAGCUCUUACGGCCGUGAACUUCACCACAACGAGGGCGGGCCUCACCGCACAGCUGCUUGCCCUCACGCUACAGCAUGAGAAGCCGGAGCUUGAGACCCGCAAGACGGAACUCCUCUGCCAGGAAGAGGAGAAGAAAAUCCAGCUCGCUCUUCUGGAAGACUCAUUGUUGGAGAGCCUGGCCACGGCACGAGGCAACGUGCUCGAGAAUCGCGCACUCAUCGAUUCUCUGAACCAGACCAAGGCAAGCAGCUCUGUCAUCGCCAGUGCCCUCAACGCCGCCCUGCAGCUCCAGGGGGCCCUCAACCAGGAAAGGGAUGCAUUCCUACCUCUGGCUGAGAAAGGCAGUUCCAUGUUCUUCAUAAUGGCCGAUCUGUGUAAGAUCAACCACAUGUACCGCUACAGCCUCAACGGGUUCCUGCGCCUCUUCCAGCGUGCCCUGCAUGCCACAUCGGUGGGAGAGAGCCCGGAGGGUCGGGUCCAAACGCUCAUCGCCUCCCUGCAGCGCCUGGUCUUCGAGUCUGUGAGCCGAUCUCUCUUCAAGGCCGAUCAGCUUGUGUUCGCUCUACACAUGGUUCGAGGGCUUCACCCAGAACUCUUCCAGGAGAACGAAUGGGAUUUGUUCACAGGCCUUGUGGUCACAGACCCUGGGCACAAGCCGGACUCUCAUUCAGGUCGCGGGGUUUUGCCGAGUUGGGUGGAGCCUGAGCAUGCUGGAGCCUUCGCACUCCUGAAGGCCACAUGUCCAGGCCUCGUCUCCACUCUCCACCUUGACAACGCUGACCUCUGGGCUCCGUUCUCACGCAGCACGGCCUCUGAGAGUGCACUGCCACCCGCCCUGCAGAACAAGAUUUCCGCCUUCCAGCAGGUUCUGCUGAUUCAGGCAUUGAGACCAGAUCGCUUGGUCAGCGCCACCACACUCUUCGCCACCAGGGCUCUUGGUGUGCGGGACGUGUCUCCGCUGUCUCUGGCCCGUAUCUCGGAGCAGGAGGCCGUCUCAUCAGAGCCGCUGCUCGUGCUGACGUCUCCGGGAGCUGACCCCUCCCAUGAGCUGCGGGAGCUCGCGGCGUCCACACAUGGGACGCAGGCUCUGCACGAGGUGGCAAUGGGGCAGGGUGCUGCGGAUGAGGCUGUGCGGCUGCUACGAGACUGUGCCCAGGCUGGGACGUGGCUCUGCCUGAAGAACCUGCAUCUCGUCACAGCUUGGCUCCCCACUCUCGAGAAGGAGCUCAAUUCCCUGUCUCCGCACGCCGACUUCCGCCUGUGGCUCACGUCCGAGCCCCACACAGGCUUCUCACCCGUGUUGCUUCAAGCGAGCCUCAAGAUCGCCUAUGAGGCACCCCCUGGGUUAAAGCGAAAUCUGCAGCGUACGUACGAGAGCUGGACCGCAGAGCAAGUGUCGGGCAGCCGCGGCGACGGGGGUGGGCGGACACGUGCACAUGCGCUCUUCUCCCUCGCCUGGUUCCACGCUGUGUGUCAGGAGAGGAGGAAUUACAUCCCGCAGGGAUGGACGCAGUUUUAUGAAUUCUCCCUGUCGGAUCUGCGUGCUGGAUACGACAUCAUUGACCGCUUUUGUACAGGCUCAUCAUUGCCCUGGGAGCAUGUGCGUGGCCUUCUCGAGGGCGCCGUCUACGGUGGCCGCGUUGACAACGCUGUGGAUGCACAGCUGCUGCGUUCCUUCCUCUCGCGCUUCUUCGGGCCCCGCGCUCAGGGCCCCGCGCCUCCAGCCACCGCUGACCUCGCGGGUUACCGUGCCCUCAUCGAGGCCCUUCCUGAGGAGGGACGCCCACGUGACCUUGGCCUCCCUGAUAACAUUGAGCGCUCAGCCCAGCGCAGCGUGAGCACCCAGGUGAUUGGGCAGCUGAAAGCCAUGAUGCGGCCAGCGAGUGUUCACACGAAGUUUGACCGAGAGAUGUGGUCACACGAACUCUCGCCUGUACUCAACCUGUGGAAGAAGCUUAACCAGGGCUCACAGCUGAUCCAGCCACGUGGGGGAGAGGAGACAUUGGUGCAGGAGGCACAGGCCCGUGGUCCCGUGGCAGUGUUUGUAGCACAAGAGUCGGUGGGGGCCCUGCGUCUGGUGCGGCGACUGCACGCGUCGCUCGCUGCGCUCAGCAAGCUCCUCCGUGGAGCCACACCCCUCUCUGCCACCACCAGCGAUGUCGCCUCUGCGCUGCUGCGCCAGCAGUGCCCAUCGAGCUGGCACACCGAAUGGGAGGGGCCCAUUGACCCCAUGCUCUACCUGCGCUUCGUGGUCUCACGUGCCCUUGCCCUGCAGGGCUGGUUGGAACGUGCCAAGUCUGAUUCUCUAAUGGGCUCCGAGUUGGAUCUCUCAGAGCUGUUUCACCCCCAGAGUUUUUUAAAUGCCUUGCGGCAGCAGACGGCCAGGGAGCUGGGAUGCUCCAUGGACAGUCUUCACCUCGUUUCCUCCUGGACGGCUCCCAUCCCUGGGGCGCGCGCGCAGGUCCAGGUGGGAGGCCUGCAGCUUGAGGGUUGUACGUGGGGCGGCGCGGGACUAGAGGAGAGUGUCCGGGACUCCCCAAGCUUGUGCCCCCUGCCAGCCUGCCGACUUGCCUGGGUGCCACAGGACUCUCCCAGCAUAUACCGUGGUGGGGAGAGCGUGUCUCUGCCCGUGUACACAAGUGUGGAGCGCGACCACAUCGUCACGCAUGUGGCGGUCCCGUGUGACGGGGACAUCGACAAGUGGAUCCAGUGUGGUGCAGCCCUGUUCCUACGCAUACAGUGAUGCACACACAAGGCACAGACAGGCAUACAAAAAACAAAUAUGCAUACGUGAGGUCGUAUGGGUUUCACUGCAUUGUCAAGAGUGUUGCCUUUGCUGUGGAAAAAAAUGGAAGCCCGUUUUUUCUCUAAUGAACAUGUGGAUGAAUGUAAUAAUGAAAUGUUGAAUCUUCAUCAAGAGAACACAUACACUGUACCUUCGUUAUACUGCAUCAUAUUACUGUAUAUUUACACUACUGUUUUUGAUUUGUUUUUUGUUCACAUUCCGAGUAAGCUUGAGUGGACCUCAGUUGCUUGCCUCGGUAAUCUGGCUGGUCUCAGUGAGCUUUCUGGGCUGGAGUGUCUGGCAGAAGAGGAAGGCUGAUGGGCAGUCAUUCCCACCUAUACUUGCCAAGGUUAAUGGGCAAGAAGCUUUACUGGGCUUGGUUAGCAUAAUCCUAUAAGGCUACAAAAAUUGGGAUCUAGAGUAAAGUACAUAAAAUUUGGAAACACAUUAGAUUAGGCACUUCCAUGGUUAGACUUGGGGGGGGGGGGGGAACCGAUCCUGCCAGCAAAUGAGAGAAAUUGGUUUGUAGAGAUACAGAUAGAGAGGAAGGCACACGGAGAUACAUACACACACUCAAAUACAUGGAGAUACAGAGAGACACGGAUAUGUACACACACAUGGAGAGAUGGUGAGACAAGACACAGAGACACGGAAAUACAGUUAGAUGCACAGAGACACAAUCGCACAGAUCCACACAAACAUGCUUUCUUUAUUUAUAAACAAAAUGUCCUACAUUUUUGCCCGCAUUUCAGCCAUGCAUUUCUCAAAAACUUACCGUUAAAAAGUCGUAGCCUUAUUUAUAAGUACAAAAAACUUUAAAAUACAGGAGCCAGUGUGUUGUAAACUUGCAGUGUUUCAUGUCUCAGCAAUAUUACUCAGAAGAUAGUGUAUAACGUCAGCUUAUAGGCUGUAUGUGUCACAUGCAUGUUUGAAAAGUACAUUGUGAUCUCAUGUGGCCUGUGGGCAACUACUUGCAAAGAGUCUAAUUUAAUAACAUGUAUUUCUCUAUUCAAGAAACAAUAAAAAAUAUAAGAAAUUUC